AUGGCCUGGGCUGAGACCGACAGGAUUGGUUGCGCUUUAAAGAACUGCUCGAACGGCAAGGCACAAAAGCUCGAUUACGACGAUUGGACUUUCACUGCGUGCAAUUACAUGCCUCUAGGAAACGUAGCUUCCUACGAUGUCUAUAUUCCUGGCAAGCCUUGUUCAAAAUGCGGCAGCAAGGGGGUGUGCAAGAAUGGACUCUGCGUUGCCUAA